UCGUAACUGAACUAAGACAGGGAAUUUUUACUAGGAUUAAAUGUCAGGAUUUGUGAAAAACUGAGUUUAAAUGUAUUUGGCUAAGGUGUAUGUAAACUUCUGACUUCAACUGUAUGUAUUGGGUAUGCCAUUCCUUGGGCUAGAAGUUUCUCCUGACCACAUGACCUAGGUCCUAGACCAGAGGUAUUCAACUAUUACCCUACGAGGUCCGGAGCCUGCUGGUUUUCUGUUCUACCUGAUUUACUAAUUGCACCCACCUGGUGUCCCAGGUCUAAAUCCGUCCCUGAUUAGAGGGGAACAAUGAAAAAAUGCGGUAGAGCUGGCUUUGAGGUCCAGAGUUGAGUUACAGGGUCCUAUGCUGUAAGGCUUGAACUAGGGGUUUUUUCUGCUCAGGUCAUAUGGCCAGUAAAACUCCUGCCCCCAGCAUUCCUGCUCUUUGGCCAGAACUGGAGAUUAAAAUGGAGAAUAGAAGGCAGUGGAGAAAUAGUGAGAAUAUGUUUUUCUUUGUAUGUUUUACUACACGCACAGAGAGACUGAGUCUCUGCAGUAUGUAUGCAUGAGUCAGCGUGUUUGUUUAGGAGAGUGUUCUAAUGUCCUUGGUUUUUAAAAAGAGUUUUACUGGUUCACUUACAACAUGAAGAAUACAAUAGUCCUAAAAUGCACACUGUCUUCCAGUGUCUGUCUGACAAUAGACCAAUUCAUAUCCUCUUCACAACUGAACUGAAGGCUAACGGUAUAACUGAAUCAUUGAAAACUAGAGUGGUAGGGACCAUACAGUGAUGUGUUCUGCUGACUGGAUUCCCAUCUCUGCAAAUGUCUGUAAAUCGACUUGAAAUACUGUAUAUAUGUAAAUCAAUGAUGUACAAUAAUCGCUCUAAUAUUCCUUCAAUAAUCCACUUUCUUCAUGAGUGUAUGUGAUUACAAAGUAAAUUUGUUUUAGAAAUGGCACCAAAGUGUAAAAAAUAAUAAAUAAAAAUAACUACUCACAUGCAAAUGCUUUAACAUAAUGAUGGUAUGAUUGCUAUGAUAUUGUAUGCAUUAAAGGAAAACGCUAUGUUGGAUAUAUUGUAUGUUUAAACACUGGCAAUGCAAGGAGGUCCAUAGUCAAAAAUACUUAGUGUCAGGUUCCCGGAUUUGGCACAUAGCUGAACUUUUAAUGUAGAUUGAGAUAUUUGAUUGGUCUUUAAUGUUUCUCGUAGACCAGGAGCCAAGGCUCUUGCUCUGUGAGGACCAGUGUAUUCUCUGGUCCAUAUAUUUUACCAUCAACUAAUUCCAUCUGGCCUGAGUAAGCUAGCAUGCAGGUGAAUAUACUGAGUUGUCAAUGAGAAGACUGUUAGGAAUCACCAGGGCCUCAUUUACUAAGCAUCUGCACCAGUGCCAUGUUUACACCUGCUCUUUUCAAAAGGGAACGAGUCAUUGAACAAAAGGUCAAGGGAGAAGUAAAGUCCAUUUUCUGUUUCUAUCUCAUCUUAUAAUUCCCUCCGAAAAGAGCAAGUGUAAACAUUGCGCUGCUUGGUAAAUCAGGCCCUGGUUUUUGUUUUGGUGAGGUGUGAGUUAUUUGAAACUGGACUGGCCCCUUGAACAUGUGUGCUUCAACGCAGAGCUCUGUGUACUGACAGAGAGUUCAACGCAGAGCUCUGUGUACUGACGAGAGUUCAACGCAGAGCUCUGUGUACUGACAGAGAGUUCAACGCAGAGCUCUGUGUACUGACAGAGAGUUCAACGCAGAGCUCUGUGUACUGACAGAGAGUUCAACGCAGAGCUCUGUGUACUGACAGAGAGUUCAACGCAGAGCUCUGUACUGACAGAGAGUUCAACGCAGAGCUCUGUGUACUGACAGAGAGUUCAACGCAGAGCUCUGUGUACUGACAGAGAGUUCAACGCAGAGCUCUGUGUACUGACAGAGAGUUCAAUGCAGAGCUCUGUGUACUGACCGAGAGUUCAACGCAGAGCUCUGUGUACUGACAGAGAGUUCAACGCAGAGCUCUGUGUACUGACAGAGAGUUCAACGCAGAGCUCUGUGUACUGACAGAAAGUUCAAUGCAGAGCUCUGUGUACUGACAGAAAGUUCAACGCAGAGCUCUGUGUACUGACAGAAAGUUCAAUGCAGAGCUCUGUGUACUGACAGAAAGUUCAACGCAGAGCUCUGUGUACUGACAGAAAGUUCAACGCAGAGCUCUGUGUACAGAGAGAUGGAAUGAAUGAAUAAAGAGAUGGAAUGAAGAAUAAAAGAUACAGCUGAGCAAUAUAAUUGUGUGUUUUUUUGUUGUUGUGGAUUUGGUGAGUUUAUGCUGGAAGCCCACUUGCAUUGGCUGCUAUGUGUGUCUGUACUUCCUGAACUCCACCUACCUGAUAAGCUAACUUUACGAGGACAGCGAGAUCAACUGUUUGUGACAAACUGUCUUUCACAUCUUAAAGUAUGUGGCGAAAAUGAUGAGACUUUGGUUCAGAACCAUUAGUCACCCUGCUGACAUGCCUGUCUGUCUCUAGCUUAUAAAUACAUCACUGUCAGUACACAGUGGGCGGGAGAGACAGGAAGAGAGGAAGAUGUCACAGGUGAAGGAAAUAAUGACGCAAAGGAUGGGUAGAGAAGAGCGAGACACACCUUAAAGAAUAAUAGUUGGGGGGAGAGUCAAAGUUAUAGACAACAAAUACUUGGCAUUUGGUGUGGUGUCUACAGUGGAAAAGAAUGGUGAUGGAACAGUUAUUUGUGGCUGUGCUAAUGAUGUCUGCACACCUAGCAGUCUCAUAUCCUCUGACUACAGGGAGAAAUUACAUGGAUGGAGGGAGACAAUGCAGACUGUGUCCACCAGGUCAUUAUCAGAAGUCCUGUUCAGAGUGCUCUCCCUGUCGAGAUGGUUCCUACACAACACGAUUGAAUGCUGAGUCCAGUUGUCAUUCCUGCUUUAAAGACUGCAAACAUGAUUUGCACCUGGUGGAGGAUGAGCCGUGUACUCCUGUAUCGGACGCUAGAUGUCGCUGUGAGGCUGGUUUUACCUGCACCGACAAAGACGACCAGACAGGAAACUGUAGAGACUGUGAGAAGAUCCCUCAGCUGCCCCCACCUCCCCUGCCACCUAGCAAUGUAGUGGGCAUCAGAAACAACCAGACAGGAACUUCCUCUGAACACAGCAGGACUUCCUCUUCCGCUGGACGCUGUCAACCUCCCAACUGUGACACUCCACGAUCACCAGUCUCACAAACAGGCAACGCCACUCAUCACACCACAGCUGACACCAGCAAACACUUGGCAGCCAUUUUGUGUCCUAUGGUGGUCAUUGGAAUCCUAGCCAUUAUCAUUCUGUUAUGUAUCCGUCGCCCAGGAAAUGAAGCCUGUUUCAAACAAGCUCUCAAGUUCUGUAACAAGGGAGUAAGAGAAACAUCGCCUAACAAGACCAAAGAGCCACCUCAUCAACACUGUUCCAGAGAGACACAGCCCAGUAUUAAGCACCAGACAGUGGAUCCACCACCUAUUACAGCAGCAAAUAUGGGCCCGGUCCAUGUCCACAAUGCUGGAACAGUCAUCUUCAGUUUACUCAACCAGUUCACUGGUAUGGGUGGAGGGAUGGAAGAGAGAGGGCAGAAAGAGAGGGAUGAGGAAGGAUGUCCGACCCACCCCACACCCUCCCCUAACAUCCAUCUAUCCCAGGAGGAAAGGGAUGGGGAGAUGGACUGUGUAUUCUUCCCUUCACAGGAACAAGGGAAGGACAGUCACAUUUCCAAAGAGGAGGUGCAUUGAGGGGAGGGGGAUUGAGGACAGAGGACGCACCAAGUGAAAGCUUCCCUUCUAGGAUCAGUUUAGCCAACCCUACAUCCUAAUGUUAAUCAUAAGGAGGAUUAAGACUUACCUUGGAUCAGUGGUAAGGGACAACAUCUACCUGGGGCUCUAUUCAGUCUGUAUCACUACAAAUUGCGUGAUAGGAACAGAGGUCAUUUCUGAAUGAGCCAACAUAUGCAGUGUUUAAUGUGAAAGCAGUCUCUUCUGACACAGGAACAUUGUCUUUACAUUUCUAUCAGGCUGUAAAGCUGCACUUCCACAAUACAGAUUGAAUAGAGCCCUUUUAUUUAACUAGACAGGUCAGUUAAGAACAAGUUCUUAUUUUCAAUGACUGCCUAGGAACAGUGGGUUAACUGCCUUGUUCAGGGCAGAACAACAGAC